AUGGCUCCACCACGACGCUCUUCUUCGCUAGGGAGUAAACCCAAGUCACAACGUCUCCCCGCCACGAACUUCGCUGCCCCUUCAUCUACGCGGAGUGCUUCGCAACGAGCGUCGACCUCGACUUCGAACGCGCCUACUACUUCUACGGCUGCAUCGUCGAGCAAGAAGAGGAGAAAUUCUUCGUUCUCUGGCUCUGGAGGGGCCAAGUCAUCUACUGUGGAUGUCGCUGAUUCGCUAGGGUUGGAUGGGGAGGCGUUGGAUUUCGGUUCGGACGAAGAAGGCGACGAUGAGGCCGAGUUCACGGGCAUCGCCGAUGAUGAGGACGACGAGGACGAUGGUGAUUUCCCCGAGUUGGAUUUGGAAGAGUCCGAGGAGGAUGAAGACGGGGACGACGAUGAGCAGGAUCUGGAUUCAGACGAGGAAGCGAUCCUGGCUGAACUGCGAGCCGAGGACGAGGACGGGGGCUCGUCAUCACAAAAUACCGACGACGAAGAUGGGUCCGAUUUAGAUGCGUUGAUGAAGAAGUACACCAGCAAACCGGAUGAAGCCGAUCGAGCCGCGUUCGAGACGACCUGGGACGAGGAUGAGUUGCCGGUCGAUUAUAUGAAGAGGAGCAGGACGGUCAAGAGUCGGAUCACGGGGCAGGACAAGACCGAGUGGGACGAUGAGAUCGAGGCAGAGUAUGCUAGUGAUAGCUCGACCGAGGAGGUGAGUGACCUUGUCGGAUGAUGCUACGAGGUGGUCACUGACUCGUGCGCUACGAGCUCAAACAGACCACGAACCGAAUUGGCAACGUACCGGCCUACUUUUACGACGAGAUGCCCCACAUCGGCUACGACAUUGACGGCAAAAAGGUCAUGCGGCCUGCUCAGGGAGAUGAGUUGGACAAGUUCCUGGAGGGCGUCGAGGAUGCCGAUGGAGGAUGGUCAGUGGCUACCGUUCUAGAUCAGUUUUCGGCGAACGGUUGGCUGACGGUCAUUUGUGGGGACGAUAUAGGACCACGGUCAAGGACAAGCUGCAUCAGCAGAAUGUCGCGCUCACUGAAGAGGAGCUCGACCUCAUUCAUCGAUUGGCCAAGGGAGAGAACCCGGAUUCGAGUUACGAUCCGUGAGUUUGGGAUCUGGGUCGGAGUCUUGCUGAAAGCCAGAGCUCACCUGUCAUUUCCUCCUCUGCACCAUCAGCUACGCCGAUCAAAUUCCUUACUUCUCCUCUCAAGUCAUGGCCACGCCUUUGACGCGCCGACCCGAACCCAAGAGUCGAUUCUUGCCCUCCAAAUGGGAGCACAAGAAGGUCAUGAAGAUCGUCCGAGCGAUCCGAUCGGGUCGCAUUGUCCCCCGGCGCCCGGGGGCCCCUUCGACUUCGGCCAACAAGGACGAUCCGGCCAAACGCUUUUAUGGUCUUUGGUCGCAGAACGAUGCCGAGGCUGCUCCUCAUCCCAUGCACAUGCCUGCUCCCAAGAUGGCCUUGCCUUCACAUCAGGAGUCGUACAACCCCCCGGAGGAAUACCUGUGGACCGAGGAGGAGAAGGAAGAAUUCCUCUCCAAAGAGAAGGAGGACCGAAGAGGGCAGGUUAUCCCCGUCAAACACGCCGCUUUGCGACAAGUUGGAGCUUAUGAGAACUUUGUCCAAGAACGCUUCGAUCGUUGCUUGGAUCUUUACCUCGCGCCAAGGAUGUUGCGGAGAAAACCGAGGCUAGACAUUCAGGACCCGUCCGAGUUGAUCCCCAAGUUGCCUUCACCGCAGGAAUUGAGGCCGUUCCCGACGACUGCGAGUGUCGAGUACCGUCAUCCCAACGGUGUGAGGAUUCGAUCCGUCUCGAUCGACCCGACUGGGAUGUGGGUCGUCACGGGUGCCGAGGAUGGAGAGGUCCGACUAUGGGAAUGCGCCGUCGGUCGAUGCACGAUGAAGUGGCAGUGCGGCGAUGGUGGACCCAUCUACGACGUCGAGUGGUGCCCCGAUCCCGAGAGGUCCAUCUUUGCCGUCGCUUCGGCGCACAAGGUUCACCUCAUAUCCCCGCUUCCUCUUUUAGGUGAGGAAGUCGCAUCCAGGACCAAGACGUAUGCUCUCGCUGGAUUCAAUGCUGCUAGCACGGGCGACGACGGGGAGAAGAAGAAGCAUGUCCAGCCUCAGGAGGUGAGGUGGUCCAAGCCGAAGGGCGAUUCGGAGAGGGACGAGGGGAGGUUGGUCGUCGUCGAUGUGCCGGGGACGUUGAAGCAGGUCACGUGGCACAAGAAGGGUGAUUACUUUGCGACUGUGGCUGCACCUUGUGAGUUUGGUCUACUGGAUAGGGCUGUGUAGUGAACGGAUAUACUGAUGCGUUUCCCUGAAACCGUGCUCACAGCUGGCGCGCGCUCGGUCCUCAUCCACCAACUGACCAAACAUCAAACCCAAGCCCCAUUCACCAAGAUGAAGGGUGACGUGCAAUGCGUCUCGUUCCACCCUUCGCGCCCCCACUUCUUCGUCGCGACGCAACGACACGUGAGGAUGUACGACCUGAUGAAGCAAGCGUUGGCCAAGACACUUAACCCGGGUGUCAAGUGGAUCUCGUCGAUCGAUGUUCAUCCUCAAGGAGGUGAGUGCAAAGUGUAACGUUGAUAGCAACUUCAGAGUACUCACUCAUCUUGUUCCUAUCUUUAGACAACGUUAUUGUCGGCUCUUACGACCGUCGUCUCGUCUGGCACGAUCUGGACCUGUCCUCGACUCCCUACAAAACCCUGCGCUACCAUGCCCGCGCCCUCCGUCAGGUUCAUUUCUCGCGUGCCUACCCUCUAUUCCUUUCCACCUCCGACGACGGCUCCAUCCACGUCUUCCACUCGACCGUUUACUCGGAUCUCCUGACGAACCCUUUGAUCGUGCCUUUAAAGGUGUUGAAGGGCCACGAACCGAAGGAGAGUUUGGGUGUUCUGGAUGCGGUUUGGCAUCCGAGGGAACCUUGGAUCGUCAGUGUUGGCGCGGAUGGAGGGGCCAAGUUGUGGUGCCCUUAG